AUGGAGCCAACCAUGAGGUCGGCAGCUGCCUUUGUGUGCCGGAGGUGCUCUCAAGCUUCGCGACUCAGAGCACCGACAUCAGCCAGAGCAUUUUCCCACGUCGCAUCGCAACGUCCAGUGCAAGGGACCACAGAAGCGAGCUCUGGCAAGAACACUCGAGCCUUCUCGCUGUUUGGGCAGAAGGAGAAGAAGGGACAGGAGGAAGGAAUUUCUUUUGGCUCUUCCACACCUGCGGCACCGAGAGAAGGGCAGAGCCCGCCGGUCCUCCGUCCAGAUGAUCUAUUCCAUUCCUACACGAAAUCUCCCAUUCCGGAAAUACGGCGCCGAGCUGCAUUCAUGAGGCAACAUGCGCACUGUCCUCACCCAGACCACCGACCAACACGGAUUCCAGCCACUGCCGAUGAUGUGGACAAGGCAGCCAACUCUGGCAAUCAGUCACCGGCUCAUGUAGACUUCGAGUGCCCAGACUGUGGAGUCCCCGUAUACUGCAGCGAACAGCACUGGGCAGAGGACUACGAGGCACAUCUGCAAGUCUGCGAUACUCUGCGACAGAUCAAUGAGGACGAUCAUGAUUUGAGAUCUGGGCGAUUCUUUCCCGAGUUCGAAUACGCAGGGCCACAAAUGGAGGAAGCAGUUGUAAACAUGACGAACUGGGAUACAUUCUUGUACACGAGACAAUUCGAAGCCAUCAAUGACGACCGCAACAUGAGGCAGGUGACUAGGCUGCUGACCUACCCUCUGACUGUCGGUAGCAUUCUCCACGAGCUCAGUCCUUACAACAUUAGACAAGGAGGCAGACUUACAACCGAAGGUCUCAAGAGUUUCAGCGCGCUGCGAUAUACAUUGCACCCUCCCAAGACAGGAGGUGGAGACGAUAUCCGUGGACUGCGACCAGAGGCACCUCCGGUCAGAAUCUUUAUCCUGGGAGCUCGCGCCGAAUCCUCCCUUCCUCGUAAUGUCUGGGUGCAGCUGGCCCAUUUGUUCCCUAGAGGAAAGUUCCAUCUCAUUUUUGUUGGACCAGAGAGUAUGGCGAACCGUGAUGAUGAGUUCCCGUUGCCGCCACGAACAGCUUCAAACCCAUUUGGCGCAAUUGUAGAGGAUCGCGUUUGGCCGUCGAUGAAGAUCAGCACGAUUGUGGACUACUACCACACUAUCCACAAGACGGGCUACUACCAGCCGUACGAUCCGUACUUUGACUGCUUCGUCCUUUUCCACCCUGGCUUGGGUCAUCCCGCCAGUUCUCACGAAUGGGCAGAAACAAUCCCUUUGCUGCUUGAGACAAAAGCGCCCAUUAUCGCCACCGGAUACACCCAGUUUGACAUGGAAAGAGACAUUGAAUGGGUGAACAAGACAUGCAAGGGCGAGUUCGACAUCUUGAUGGAGCCUGGAGAGAACAUCUUCCGCAGUUUGCGGUGGGAUCUGAACGACAUGGACCCUCAGGACGUCACUUGCGGUAACUGGGGUACAUGGGCCUUCCGAGGAAAGAGAUACGAAGCUACUCGCAAGGAAUCCGAGUAG